CCACAAGUUGGAAUCAGUAAACUACUAGUACCUCAACGAGCGUCCAUGUCAUAGCUACUUCCAUGACCAAUCCCUUUGAAAAUCUCAACCUUUUGAGUUUUGACCUUCAUUCACUGGUUGGUCGCUUCUCUCACUUAUUGUUUUUUUAUAGUAGAUCACCACUUGUCUCCCUUGUCCUUGCAUCUCCAUGGUGUUGACCCAACCAAUCUUAGGUCGUUCGAGGACAUCUUCUCGGGCAGUUGUAGCAUGACGGCGACGGCCGGGCAGCCUUCCUUGAUGCCUCAUCGGUGAGAACAGCAUCAGUUCGAGCAGCUUGGCUUUGCUCCUCUUCCCAUUUUGUCUCCCUUCCCAUUUUGUCUCCGCUCCACUACCACACCAUGCAACCGCCCCCGGAGUCCACCGGCGACGCGCUCGCGGAGUGCUUCCGCCUGUUGGAUGAGCUCCCAGCCGCGGCAGCUUUGUCUCCGGCCUUCCGCCGCCACUGGCCUUCCAUCUCCGCCUCCCUCUCGUCGCUCUCGGCCUCCCUCUCCCACCCCACCUUCCCGCCCUCCGCACCGCUCCUCGAGCCCCUCGCCUCCGCGCUCUCGGCUCUCAUGUCCGUCUGCAGCGGCCCUCCCCUCGGCCACCUCCACACCGUCUCGCUUCUCUCCUCCUCCGCCGCCUCGCUCUCCCAGCUCGCAGCCGACGCGCGCCUGCUCGUCUCCCCGGCCGAAGGCAACGGGUCCGAGUCCGACGGCCUGCUCUCCCGCCUCCGGCUUGGCUCGUUCGUCUCCCGCGCCGCGGCGCUCGACUCGCUCGCCGAAUCUGUCCGGUCGUCCCAGCCGGGGUCGUGCUCUGCCGCUGCUGUGUCUGCGGUCGCCGCGAUGCUCGACUCCGGCGACCUCCUCCCAGCCUCCCGCGACAAGGCCGUGUCCGUGCUGGCCGCGUUCGCGUCCUCCGAGGCCACGUGCCGGUUCUUGGCUCAGGAGUCGGGCACCGUCGUGCCGCACCUCUGCCGCGCGCUCGAGUCCGGCGGUGCCAGCGCCGAGCAGGCGUGCGUCGCACUGGAGUCUCUCACCGCCUCGUCGCGGGACGCAGCGGCGACCGUCUCGGCGCGCGGUGGCGUGGCCGCGCUUCUCGUGGCCUGUGCAGCCGGCACCCCGUCGUCGCAGGCCGCGGCCGCGGGCGUGCUCCGGAACAUCGCCGCGUUCCCGGACCUGCUCCCCGCGUUCAGCGAAGAGGGCGCGAUCCCCUUGCUCGUGCAGCUCGUCUCGCUCGGCACCCCGCGGGCGCAGGAGCACGCGCUCGGCUGCCUCCGGAACGUAACGGCCAGCGACGGCGGCGAGGGUCAGAGCCUCAAGGUCGAGGCGUUCCAAGCAGGCGCCCUGGCGUGCGUCAAGGACUUCCUGAACUCAUGCCGCGGCGACGAGCCGGGCCUGGCGCCGGCGUUCGGGCUGCUCCGUAACAUGGCCUCGUUCCGCCUCAUCGCGGAGAUAGCCGUGUCCGCCACCUUCCUCAGCCACGUCGUGGCCGCGCUGGGCAGCGACGAGGCCAACACCCGCACGGAGGCCGCCAUGGCGCUGGCGGAGCUCUGCCACAUCAGCAGCGGCAAGGCGAGGGGGGAGGUCGGGGACGCGAUGCCGAGGCUGGUGUGGAUGCUGGAGGCCAAGGCCGUGGCGGAGAGGGACGCGGCCGCGAGGGCGCUGGCCACGCUGGUCGCCGCGAGCAGCAGCUACCGGGCGCUGUUCCGGAAGGAGGAGAUGGGGAUCGUGAACGUGGUCCGGCUGCUGGACCCGGCAGUCCGGGGCGGCGACAAGCGGUUCUCCGUGUCGGUGCUGCUGGGCGUGUCGCAGUCCCGGCGGUGCCGGAAGCAGAUGGUGGCCGCCGGCGCGUGCGGGUUCGUGCAGGCGCUGCUGGCCGCCGAGGUGGACGGCGCCAAGAAGCUCUCCGAGUGCCUCGGCCGGGGCAAGAUGCUCGGCGUGUUCCCCCGGACAUGACAUGACGGCGAUCAACCUGCUGCCUUUGCAUGUAUGUGCUUCAUCGACCCUGCCUUCCUCAAUCCACGGAUUCAGCUCGCUCAUCCAUUUUCUCUUUACGAAUCCCUGUAUGUAUAUUGUUGGUUUUUCAUACGAGUGGUAGCUUAGAUUUAGAUGACGAUGACGAGUGUUUUAGUCAGUGUGCGUGAACCCAAUAAGAACACGAAAAAGAUUGUAAUUAAUCUCUGAUGCGAUCAUGUGAAGAAAUCAAUCUUCAUUCACCGUCGAA